UUAUAGGGUACAUACGGUGUGCGAAGAAUGUAUUUCUUUGUGCAAAAUGUAACGCCUAAGAUCAUCAAGACGGAAUAUUAAUCGGUUUGAAUCCGUAGAGGCAGGAUCGAAGUCAAUUCAAGUGUUAUAAUAAAUCAAAAACCAUAAGUAGAGUAACGGUAGUCUCUUCUAGAAAGAAGUCUCGGAGGACUUUUUGUCCGCAUUGUUUCAACGAAAGUUUCACCCUGGCGUUUCGAACGUAGAACGUUUGAGGACAGCUAGGCGGGUUUGUAUCUAAACGGUUUUAUUACGGGACAAAUUAAUUCAAAAGUUAACGUAAAAUUCAUCAACGGCUUCACUAGAAGUGAUAGUAUUCGUAACCGUGAAAUCUUUUCUAGCUAUGCGACUUCUUCUUAGAAUUAGUAACCGGUCAGAAAAAAUAUAUUGUUCGUUGGGUUGGUGAAUUAGUGUCCUUUGAUACGUAUCGAAAGUAACAGAAAUCGGCAGGAAAAUGACGAACAUUCCUCAAAGUUCGGAAAUCAAUUUAUUUGUUACCCACGUGAGUGCCGAUGGUCCACUCUUGAAGAUAUGGGGCCAGACUGAUAGAAAUGCAGCAACGUGCAUUGAACGUAUGAUACUUCCAUUGUCUGAGCAAUUUGAACAAGGCUUGGGACGUCCUGGGGCUCAAUGUCGAGGACUAGUGCCGAACGUGAUUUGCUGUGCAAGAUUUUUUAAUGAGGGGUACUAUCGGGCAAGGAUAUGCAAUAUCAGACAGGAUGGUAUGGUGGUUCUGCAGUAUAUCGAUUAUGGAAAUGUUGAUAUCAUAAGUCCUGAGGAUAUUCGACUACUUGAUGGAAUUCCUAAUGCUGUGCCACUGCAUACACUGCCACCAUUGGCCUAUGAAUUUGUUCUUGGACAUAUAUUCCCUGUUAGAGGCACCUGGACUAAAGAGACUUUAGAAACAAUUAAAAUUCUUGUGAGAUAUAGCGAAGUAAAAGCUAUUAUACAUUCAGCAAUUGGUACUCAUUGCCUGAUUAAAUUGUGUUAUAAAAAUCAAGACUUUGCUGAAUACCUUGUCAAUAGAAAUCUUGCUGUUCCUGUUACAUUGCAAGAAAUGUUUCGAUCAAAGUUCAUACAACUACCACGUUUAUCAGGACCAGGAGGUCCUCUUAGAGACCCUAAUCAACAGAACAAUCACUAUGUUCCAAUGCAGUGCCCACCUACACGCAUGUCUGCUCCACAAAAUCAAGGCAACUCUAUUCAUGAGAAUUGGAGAACUCCUCCUCCUCCUCAACAGCCGGUACUACAACAAAAAUCACAGCUAUCACCAAUGGCAGAGGCUAUGGUUUUCAAGUCCCGCGUCCUAGACGUGGGUUCUACACACGAGGUCUCUGUUUCCUACGUAGAUGAUGGUCCCCUGAAAUUUUCAGUUCAAGAAAAGAAUACAAAAGAAGAUCUCUCUGUGUUGAUGAGCAAAAUUAACAAUCACCCUAUAGAACCUUUGCAAGAACCACCGCUGCCAGGAUCAGUUUGCCUAGGAAGAUACACUCGUGAGAAGAUAAUCUGCAGAGCAGUCGUAAUGGGCGUCACGGAAAGUAAAUGCAAAGUAUAUUACGUUGAUUUCGGACAUACAGAAGUCUUAUCGUACUCGGACAUAUUCCAAUUACCACCACAGUACAUACAUCCGAAAGUACUAUCUAUCCGAUUCACCCUAAGUGGUUUGAAAGAGUUAAACGUUACUGAUGAGAUGAAAGCCUACUUCAAGGAACUUGUUACUGGCAAACCUCUUAUUUUACAAGUGCGUCCACCAGAAGGGCCACCUCUCAUACAAUAUGGAGAUCUUUAUGACAAUGGGAAGAACGUAAAAGAUAUCCUCAAGGAGGUUUUUAAGUCCCAGAUUCCUGUUACAUAUAAGGAACCGUUUCGUCCUGCAAAAGGAAGCAAAGAAAUCGUUCACGUCUCCUUCGUAGAAUCUUAUGGGAAAUUCUUUGUACAAUUAGAGAGUGGUACCAAGUCACUUGACUCAAUAAUGACAUCACUAGCUGAAUACGCUGCAUCUGCACCCACGCUGAAACAAACACAACUAGGCGUUGGUUUACCCUGUGCAGCCCUGUACAAAUUGGACUCUAACUGGUACCGUGCUCAGAUUUUGAACGUCAGUGGUGACAAAGUCAAAGUCCUUUACGUGGACUAUGGAAACGAGGAUAUCGUGACAGCAACGGAUCUUCGAGUGAUUCACAAUGACCUAGUUACAAAUGUUCGUGCUCAGGCCCUUAGAUGUUCUUUGAACGGUUAUCAAGUUAAACCAUUCAAUCAAGAACUGGCCAAUAGAUUUGAAUCACUAGUUCUUGAAAAACAUCUAAGUAUGGUAGUCGUUGAUGUAUACCCGAACGGCGUACUCGUGGAUCUAUUCGAUCCUGCCUCCUCCCCGAUGGUCAGCAUUCAAUCGCUGCUAAGUUCCAGUCCUGAGAAAAAUACAAUCAUGUCGAAUUCUCAGCAAGAUAAAAGUUUUAACUCAUCACGGAGCCCAAAUCCCAGGAAUAUAAGGUCGGAGAUAAAAUCUCAACAGCAAGCACAACCUGCAGCAGCUCAACAACCAAGAUCAAAGCCUAAAAACACAAAGAUGACACGCGAGGAUACGCGCGAUCAGUGGAGUAAUAAGAAGUCUCAGUCAGAUUCCUGGAACCAGUCGAACGAGGGAGGCGACAACGGAUAUGAUAAGUCCAGGUCGAAGAUAUGGAAGGAAGAUGAGAACGAGCAAAAGCGUCGCGAUAAUCGUUAUCAGAAGGCUGGCGAUGGCGAUCGUUUCAGUGGACCACGGGGUGAUAGAUUUUCACGCGACACAACGAGAAACGAACGAUUCUCGCGAAACGAUUCGAACGACAGAUACGAACGAAAUAAUGACUCUACUGGUUUUGGAAAAGACAAUAGAGAAAGUCGGGGUAGUAUCAGGGGCGGUGGAAGACAAUUUGGGAAUAAUUCCAGACCUGAGAGAAACGGUGCUGGUAGUGAUAAAGCAUGGAGUGAUAAGGAUUCUGAUACUUCUUCUAGAGGUAGUGGCAAACGUGGUGGUAAUAAAGGUAGUAACCACGGUGCCAGAGGAAGAAGGGAUGGGAAUCAAAUGUCAAGGAAUCAGUCUGGAAAGUGGAGUGAUGGUGACAGUGACCGUAGUAGCACAAAAAGUGCCAAGUACAAUGGUGAACGAGCAUCCACUGGAUUUAAACCUAGAGAAAGAAGGAGUACUGAUGGUUUUGACAAGUCUAAUAAGAUUGGUACUUGGGAUGCAUCGUCAAUGAACAAUUCACCUCGUAAGACAACAAAACCUCAAGUUUCACAAAUUUCACCACCAAACAUAACAGUUGGUGCUGUUAAGUAUUGUGAAUUGGUCUUUGUGAACAGUCCAUCAGAUUUCUAUGUCCAGUUAAACCCUGAUAAUGCGGAACUCGAUCCAGUCAUGGUAAAAAUUGCAUCCAUCUAUGAAAAUGGUGGUGCACCGUUGAAGAAUUUUAAAAUGAAGCCUGGAACUGAUUGUAUCGCACAGUAUUCAGCUGACUUAAAAUGGUACCGUGCAGUAAUUCGUGAAGUGGAAGGAUCCAGUGCCACAGUUCAAUUUGUCGAUUAUGGAAACACUGAAAAAAUAGAAAGUAGCAAAAUCAAAGAACUUGAUGCCGAGGUUUCAAGACUCCCUGCUCAAGCAAUUCAUUGUAAAUUACUAGCAGCUAACAAAACGGAAUGGACUGCUGAAGAGAUCGAUGCUUUCUCAGCAAGCAUCGAAGGUAAAUCUUUGGAAGCUGAAUUUAUUGCUCAAGAAAAUGAUACCUAUGAAGUGUUACUGCAAGAAGUUGUCGAUGGAGUAUCUCUAACUAACUAUGUGAACGAAGUCUACUGUGAUGGUGUAGAUUUGAACACAGCCAAGGAAUCUGCACGUAACAGGGGAAAAGAUCUUGGGAAAGUUAGUCGCAAGAUUCCACCAGAUUACGCUUCUAUAGAUUCCAAGUGGCUGAGUGCUACUAUCUGUCCAGGGACUACAGAAAAUGUAAUAGUGACCUGGUUUACCAACCCUGAUAAUUUUUAUUGCCAAAUGGUCAGCAAGCAAAAGGAGUUCCGCGAUAUGAUGAAUGAAAUUCAGAAAGCCUACGUUGGACGCCAACCCAUCACGGAUACACUGAAGGCCGGCUCUUCCGUGAUAGCCAUUUUCUCAGACGACGGUGCUCUCUAUCGCGCAGAAGUGACAGAGCUGAAUAAACUUCGUGGACACAUAGUGCGAUACGUUGACUUCGGAAACUGCGCCAUGGUGGAUCCACGUAAGAUUUAUCCAGUGGAAAAGAAGUUCAUGCAACUACCAAAGCAAGCAAUGAACUGUUCCCUGAAAAACAUCAUCCCGUCGAAUGGUUCGAAUUGGUCAAAAGCCAACGAGCACGAAAUCGACAAGUGCUUUGAUGCCGACGACUACGAAUGUACAUUCCACGAGGUUAAAAAUGGAAAGUACAUUAUUUCAUUGAACAAUAAAGGAGCUGAUGUGGGUGGUAUGAUGGUAGAGAGGGGACUGGCUUCCUAUGCCAUGACGACUCCCGCAGCAGCAGAGCAUGCCUGCAUUGAAUUAGAAAUUCAUAAGGAGGAUGCGAAUAAUGUAGCACCUAUCAGUACAACGAUAGAACAUAUUGAUAUACCAGAAAGAAUAGACAUAAGUCUAUUGGUUGGACAGACAUUCAGAGCAAUCGUAACCAGUGUGAUGUGUGUCACGAAAUUCUACAUCCAGUUGCCAACUGCCAAAGCUCUUCAAGAAGCAGUUAAUAACUUUAUGGCUACCAGAGACCCCAAGGUGAUGCGAAGAUUAUCCUGUCACGAGGUCUGCCUCGGCGCGGGUUGUCUUGCAUAUUCAGCUGGAUUAUGGAAUCGAGCCGUAGUGAUUAACUGCUCACGAACAACAGGCUUUGAAGUGAAGUUCAUUGAUACCGGAGAGAUCGACGAGAUUCCCCUGGAUCGCAUGCUAGCGUUGCCGAGACAACUCACAGUUAUGCAAAACCAGGCAACCCAUUGUUCUCUCUAUGGAGGUACAUCUUCUAUUCACGAGGAUGAGAAGCUGAAGGAAGUCGUCGAAGGAAAGGAAGUCAUAGUAUCCGUUGAGGAUAUCGUAAAUAAUAGACUCCUGGUGCAAUUGUACGAUUCAACGGGGAAAAAGUUCAAGAUCCUUGACACGGACACAGAAGCUACAAUUCCUCCAGUGACACCAAUGCUUGUGCUGAGUUCUUCACACAAAGUCAUGGUGUCCAAUGCAACUAGUUCUGAACAUAUCUGGCUGCAACGUUCGGUUGAUGUUAAUCUCGAGGCGACUUUACUCGAAAUUCUACACGAGCAUUACUCGGCAAAUGGAACAGCUUUGGUACCGGAAGUGGGUUCAUUAUGCGCAGCUUUGAGUAAAGAUGGAAAUUGGUACAGAGCUAAGGUUGCAGAGAAGACGGAGAAAGGCGCUGUGGUUCUGUUUAUUGAUUAUGGCAACAAGGAAGAGAUUCCUGACAGUAACUUUAAGAUCCUGGAACCUCAGUUUUAUAAACCUCAUCAGCUUGCUGUCCAAGCAUCCUUGUCGGUAACGGUCAAAGGGACGGAAGCCGAGCAAACAGAAAUUCUAAGGAAAUAUCUUCCAAAUGAAGAACUCGAGGCCAUUUUCUAUAAUGUGCAUAAAAAAUGGGUUGUCGAUUUAAUUGUCAAUGGCGAAAAGAUAAGCGACAAGUUGACGUCUCUUGGAUUGGUAGCAGAACAGAAGAAGACCCCGAUAAUCCAACCUGAAGUUCAAGAUAUGGUUGUGGGUGGUAGAUACGAGGUCUUCGUAUCUCAUGCGGAUUCACCUGCGCAAUUCUGGCUUCAGAGAAAGGAGGAAAUGACUACCAUUGAAAACAUGCAGGCGGAACUGAUGGCAGCAGCCCCAUCAUAUCCUAGUAUCGAAGGUGUUCCCGAGGAAGGUACACUGUGCGUCGCUAUGUACUCCGCUGACAACUCCUGGUACAGAGCCGAAGUUCUCGAUGCUGACGAAGACAUCACCACCGUUCGCUUCGUGGAUUAUGGAAAUACGGAUAUCAUCAACAAUAAAUCCGAAAACAUCAAGCAAAUACCGGAUCCUUGGAAGUCCAUGAAGAAAUAUGGACUCAAGUGCAGACUGGACGUUAUCCCCGUCGGCUCCGAGGAUUGGAGCGAGGCAGCUUGUGAUAAAUUUGAUCGUCUCGUGACAUUCGAAGAGACACCGCUACAGGCAUUGGUGAUUGCCGACAGUGUUCCAAGACGAGUAGAAUUGUUCCUGGGCGAUAAAAGCAUUGGUGAUGUCCUUGUAAAAGAAGGUCAUGCCGUGAUGAUACACAACGAAGACGAUCUAAUCGACGAAAUAAUUGAUCUGGAACUAGACCCACACUCGGCAUUCGUAAGCCAUAUAAAUUCACCUAGUGAAUUCUGGGUUCAGGAGGAAAAAUCAAUAUCCGACCUGGAAGUGAUGUCCGACAGAUUCAUGGUGGCUGAAAUGUUUCCAAAAGUCGAGGAUAUAAAGGAGGGCAUCCUUUGUGUAGCAAAAUAUCCAGAGGACGAGCAAUGGUACAGAGCUCGCGUCGUAUCCCAGAAAGACAACGGAUUUGAUGUGAUUUACAUAGAUUACGGUAACUCAGCGAUAUCCACGGAAAUCCGUACUAUUCCAGAGGAUCUAGCAGCAAUACCUCCUCUGUCGAGGAAGUGCUGCUUACCUCUGCCAGAAGGUGUCGCAAAAUGGUCUCCGGAGUCUUGCGCCAAGUUUGAUGAAAUAGCGGCCAACGGCGCCACGAUCUUCUUACUGGAGGUUAUCAAAGAGGGCGAAACGUCUGAAGUGAAACUCACCUUGGAGAAUGAAAACAUCGUCGACAAGUUGGUUCUACUCUGCGAACGACAAUUACCCGUGAUAGAGGAACGUUUGCCACCAUUGGGCGAAGAAAAUUCACCGAACGUCGUUGUGAGCCACGUUAAUUCACCAUCUGAAUUUUGGACCCAGGCAGAGAGCUGCAUCGCCGAAUUGGAAGUGAUGGCAGAUCGUUUAAUCGAUGCGCAGAGUUUCCUGCCAUUAACUACAUUCGAAGAAGGUACUAUUUGCGCUGGGACGUAUCCUGAGGAUGGACAGUGGUACAGAGCCAAGAUAUUGUCUCACAGUGAGAACGGCACUGAGGUUCUCUACAUGGAUUAUGGAAAUUCAGCAGUGACGAAGGAGCUAAAAAUUCUACCUGAAGACAUCGUUAAUAUACCCAGCUUGUCGAAGUGCUGCGCCCUUCGUAUACCAGAAGAUAUAAAGUGCUGGUCCAAGGAGGCAUGUGACAAGUUCGUCGAACUCGUUGCCGACGGUGCUACGAUGUUCCAGUUCGAGAUCCUCGACGAUGAGGAGCCAACACACAUUACUUUGAGUCUCAAGGGCAAGGAUGUUGUUGACAUUCUAUCUUCUUUGUGCGAGAAGAAGAGUGUACCUGCUGAAGAAAGUAAUUAUGCCAAAGAAGCCAAAGAUACUGAUCUCGAAACUGGAGGAGAUACGAUUACCGAGAACAAAGAAGAUAUUACUGUUGUUCAACCUGACGAUGAGACUGUUAACGAUAUUGUAGUAGCUGCAGCUGAUACUUCGGAAGAUUCUGGUAUUGUUGAAGCCGUAAAAGAGGUAGAUGUUAUGGUAACUAAGGAUGAUGAAGAAUCUUCAGUUUCACUGGCGGAAAUAUCGAAGAAUACAGAUCCCAAUGAGGACUCAAUAAUACCGGAAGUAGUACAAAUGGAUAUGACUGAACCAUCUGCGAUGAAACUUGUCAUAGAUGUCGCUGCAAGCGAUGUUAUAUCAAUACCUGAAGAAAAGGACACUUUUCUUACGCUUGUAGAAGGUGCCCAGUCUAUCGAGACAACACAUGCAGAAGUUAUACCUGCGGUGGAAUUGCCUCCAGAAUUAGAGGUUCCAGUAAUGACGAAGAACGAAAGUCGACCUUCAGACCUAGGACAAGCUGAGCCAACUGACUCAUCUACGAAAGAAUCAGAUGCAACAUAUGUAGAAGUUCUAAAAGUAGUGAAAUUGGUUCCAGAAGUAGAGGAAUUGGUUUCAGAAGUAGAGAUUCUAGCAGUGGUGGAGGAUGAAAGUAAACCCUCAGACCUAGGACAAGUCGAGACGACUGAACCAUCUAUGAAAGGAUCAGAUGCAACAGAUUUACAGGUUCCAAAAGUAGUGGAAUUGGUUCCAGGAGUAGAGAUUCCAGCAGUGAUGGAGGAUGAAAGUAAACCCUCAGACCUAGGACAAGUCGAAACGACUGAAACAUCUACGAAAGGAUCAGAUGCAACGGAUGUUGAAGUUCCAGAGGCAGUGGAAUUGCUCCCAGCAGAGGUCCCAAUAGUGAUGGAGAAAGUAGAUGAUAUACCAUUGGAUGAUGUAGUAACACCUAAGGAAGAAACAUCAGUCGUCGAAGUAAUAGAUGCUGUAAAAAACGUAGAAUCCAUCAUCCCAGUUUCAAGUGCAGAAACAUUGGCGAUGACCGACGUACUCUUUAAGAUGGAAAUCCCGGUGCCUGUAAUGAGUGAUAUAUCCAAGGAUGCGGAAAUGGCUACAAGUCUAUCUGUAAAAGAGUUAACCGUAGAUGAGAUUGUAGGAAAUAUGGUAAAAUUAGCUAUGGACGAUCGUGGAAAUAAAUUAGGAGUCGAGAGCAGCAAGGAACCUGAAGUACAAGAGAUUGUAGAAUCCGAAGAAGAUAAAGUCGAUGCUUUAGCACAUAUCUCCGAGGAUGGUGCAAUACUUAAAACGCCAAAAGAUAAGAAGAUCGUACCUGGAAGUAUCUCACGAGGAAUUUCCGAACAGGAAAUCGCUCUAAAUCUCAUGGAGAGGCGUAGCUCUAUACCACAAGAUGAUAAAAUAGUCCCAGGCAGCAUCAAUAGAGGCGCUGAAAUAUCUCAAGACAAUUAUAGCGAAUCUCUAGGGAAUGGAAACUCUGAGAAAUCCUCUAUUUCCACUAAGGACGACAUCCCGAUCGAAUACGCCUGUCCAACUACUCCAAAGAUUGAGUACGAUGAUAAAAUUGUACCCGGAAGUGUAUCUAGAGGCCAAUCACCAAGCAUUGAAUCGGAACGACCAUCCACGCCAAAGACACCGCAUUCGGAGAAGCUCGUUGCUGGUGUUGUAAAUCAAGCGGGGAAGAUUGAGCAACUCGAGGAGGAAGAUGAAGAUGAAACACUUACAAUUACCGUAGAGGAUAACAUUCCUAAAAUUUUGACAUAGCUUUUUAAUUGGACACGAGUCAAAGGAUAGCGAACGGUGCGAAUUUAGAAAAAAUAUUAGAUAAGGAAUAGGAAAAGCCAUGGACCCUGAUAGCAGCCAUAAUUCAUUAUAAUUCUAAUUCUUAGCGGGAUCGACAAUAUUUUCAUUUUCCUUUGAUUAACGUUAAUCGGUAUUUAAUAUUCAUACUUAAUCAUAUACUACUGCAAAGGAAUAUCUUAUAGUUAAGUCAAUUUUAAUUUCUGUGCUGAGGCCUUUUCUUAUUUCCUCAAACUUCUUACGUUAUCUGACUUUAUUCAUACAUAAUUCUCUAAUUAUACAUUACAUAACAUGCGCCACCAAAGAAUACAAAAUGGCUAAUCCCACUUAAGCUGCUGGAAAACACGCCUGAUUUAUAAUAUCAGCGGUCCGCAAAUUUUCAUCUUAAGACUGAUCUUUCAUGACAGUGCAGCAGUAUCCCCGUAUAACUUUCGUUACGUUCGUUCGCUUCGCAUUUUUUGUAUUUCUUUCUAAGCUUCACCAACGUAGAGUUUCCUUAAGAAGGAACAAAUGAACAAAAUAUAUUCAUUAAAAAGAUAAUACUGGUUGUGCCUUUCGAAGUAAUUACCAGCAUUGAUGAAACGUUAUUAAAUUUCUUAUUUUCUUUAACGAUUUGAAACUUCAGGAGAAACUUUAGAAGUAACGCAAACGACUGUCAUUGAAAAAUUCAUAUUUUAUUUUUCCUUUGAUUCUUAAGCAAUGACAGUGUAAGAAUUAACGAUACGGCUUGACGAACAUUUUUCACGAGAUGAUAAAAAAAAGAGAAAAUGCCUGGUGCAUUUUUAUACGUUAACUUAUUUAAUAAUGAAGGAUCAUAAAAUUAAACAAGAAAUAGUCGCCAAAUUCAAUUCUCUAUUCGUGAAAUCUUAACGUCUUGGGGAAAGAAAUACGUGUGCGAAUUAUCGGACAGUUUUAAUGGGCGAACAGUUUAAUUAACGUACUUGAUGCCUAAAUUAAUUAAUAUAAAUAUCACUAUGUUAAGAAUAUCUUCUAUUAUUUUCAAAUAAUAUAUCUUUAUGAAGUAUUUUUUAUGUUGUGCUGAACAUUAGCAUCCACUAUUGUAUCCUUAGCUCUGUAAACCAUAAGAAUGUAUAUCGUUUUGUUGACCUUUAUGAAAAAAUUUACAUGAAAUCGUU